UGGUCAAAUUAUUUAUAGUCAGAAAACCUGCGCUGAAGAACUGAAUGUAGAAGAACGUCUAAAAUCAUUUAUAAAUUUCGUCUCAACACAAUCAGAUGUCCGUACACGUAUUGAAUUGCUAUGACAACAAAGUAAUUGCCAAUGUUCUAUCGGAGAUUGCCCUGUAGUUGAUGGUAUUGUUUCAACUAUUUGAACUCCUGCGUAUGCCUGAUUGCCAUCACAGCUCAAAUAAAUAUCAGAUCCUGUUUCUAAAGCAGUAAACUCUGUGCUUUCGCAACGUUCUUCACCGUCAGAUUUCCAAAGAUCAUUAUUGAAUGCUUGACAACCAAAUUUAUAAAAACGUUCAGAGCCAUCAAAUGCUGAACUAAACCGAGAAAGGAAAUGCCCUUCUGGACACUGUACACGUGUGGAGGUGCCAAUACCAAAUGUUGGAGUUACAAGUCGCCCUUAUUUUUGUCACAGCAUUUUCCUGCUUUUCUGUUCAAUAUAAACUACUUUAUAUUUUACCUUUUGUGGAUGAUGGAAUCUACACCAUAUUAUAAAGAAAAAGCUUGUCAGUUGCUCUGCUUAGUCUUUUUGUCGAUCCGGUCAUUCAAUCCUUAUUUAACAACAAAGUGCCCUUACAAUUCUUCGAUUUAUCCAAUCAAUUUUCUAUACUACUCCUUUUUGGUGGUUGUGACAAUUGCCCCAUAUAACAACACGCGCAACAACAAUAUGUAUAUAUUCGCGCAACAACAAUCUACGCAAUAUUUGGAGUUAUGCUUACCAUAG